AUGCUCCUGCUGCUGCACGGCGCGGCCAAGCCGCAACGCAUCGUCACGUUCGAGUCUUCCGACACCGCUUUCUUUGGCGUACGCGCCGUGGCCUCAACAAAAUACAAUCUCUGUGACCUGCCGAACCUGGCUUGGGGCAAGGAGGAUGACUUUGUGCUCGACUUUGGCAUCCACAUGGUUGGCACUUUGAGUUUCACCCUCAGCUCGGUUGGCGAACACAUGGAUUCGCCUUGCCGCCUUCGACUCAUUUUUGGAGAGUCACCCCUUGACGUGACGAUGGGUAUGGAAGGCGUCAAAACCUGGAUCAGCACAGCGUGGCUUCCCGAUGAGAUCAUCAAUAUCGACAUCUGUCCCGAACGAGUCGAGCUCCAGCGACGCCACGCCUUCCGCUACCUCCGUAUUCAAGUCAUCGACACCUCGAGCAAGUUCAAAGUCGCGUUUUCUGAUGUUGUCUGCGAGUGCAUCAGCGCCAUCAGCCAGGAAGUCGAGGUCGAUGCAAUCUCCUUUGGCGACGCAGGCAAUGACUCGAACAAAGACGACGAGCUGCUUCGCGCGAUAGACCGUGUCAGCAUCAUGACCCUGCGAGACUGUAUGCAGACGGUCUUCGAAGACGGUCCGCGCCGAGAUCGAAGAAUGUGGCUGGGAGAUCUGCGCCUGCAGGCACUUGUCAACUAUGCCACACUCAAAGACUUUGGCCUCGUCAAGCGGUGUCUCUUCAUGUUUGCCGCUGUGGCUCGGGAUGACGAAUCGCUCCCGGCCUGCCUGUUUGAGAAGCCCACACUGUCGGCCUCGUCCGACUACCUCCUCGAAUACGACGCGCUCUUCGCCGCCAUAGUGUACGACUAUGUCGCUGCGUCUGGCGACAUUGACUCAGGUCGUGUGCUGUGGUCGACUGUCCUGUCCUGCCUGCGUCGUCCUCUCGAGUACGUCGAUCCCUCCACCAAGGCAUUCGAUAAGACCCGCGGGGAAGACUGGCAGUUCCUGGACUGGGCUCCCGGGGUCGACACGAGUGCUGGCUCUCACGGGCUGGUACUGUAUUGUCUCAAGGCUGCACAGAAGCUCGCCAGGCUGCUGCGAGUAGGAUUCCCCCACGAGCAUAUGAUCACCAGCAUGAACAUUGCGGCUGCUGAAGCUUUUCUGCAUGACGGGCUCAUCGUCUCUGGGCCGAAGAAACAAGUGAGCUACGCCUGCGCGUCCUGGCUUGUCCUGUCCGAGGCAUUGCCAAGGAGCACCGCGCGUGCUGCAUUGCUCAAGACUCUGUCGCACGAGGAAGCUGUCAAGCCAUUGACACCUUAUGCAUGGCACCACGUGUGCGAUGCUCUCCUUGUCGCAGGCUGCCAGGACGAAUGCCUCGACAUAGUCAGGUCAUACUGGGGCGGCAUGAUCCGCGCCGGCGCCGAUACCUUUUGGGAAGCAUACGAUCCUGCUGAUCCCCUGGCAAGCCCGUAUGGAGACGUUAGAAACAACAGCUUUUGCCAUGCUUGGAGCUGCACGCCGUCGUUGAUGCUGCGAACUCAAUUACUCGACAAGGUGGGUGGCAAGGUCACUGGCAAGAUGACUAUGGGACAGCUGGACGACCAGUGGGUGAAACAGACAACAAGGACCAACUCGGCUUGA